UUUAAUGGAAACCAACUGAUACUUUUGACGUUUGCUUUCAGCUUUCAUCUUUAGUAAAGAGCUUCAAUGGCGGCAACUGUUCAUCUUCAGAUGCUUUCUUAAUUAUGGAGCAACUAACCUCCAACAAUAUUCUUAAUCUUGCUUGAAUCUCCCCCAACGCUCUGAAAGUGAAGAAACCAUCCGUUUUACUGAUUCCAUCCUCUCUUUUUUCUUCUUCAAUCUCCAAGCAUGAAAACGACUUUGGAAAUUUCAACAACAUUGUCCUUAUAAAACCAACAAGGUAGAAUUUGAAAUUCCUCUCUCUCUCUCUCCCUGUUUCUAUUUAGGGUUUCCUGAGUGCCGCCAUUGCUGGAAUCUCUGCUCUAGUGGCUCGCAAUUGAGGUUUCCUUGCUUGGAUUGCGUCCUCGUAGGAUGAUUUAUAUGGCAAAUAUUGGUGAAGAUGAGCUUGAAUGGAUUGAAAAAGUGAGAUCAGGAGGGACUAUUCCACUUCGUGGUGUAGAUGGUAACUACUCAAAUUGUUGGAGUUCUCCACAUGGAGACAAGUUCCUAGUGAGAGGUCCAGAGUACUUUUCAACAAAGGCAAAAGUUCCUGCAGGCGAAUCCCUUCUAAAACCUCUUGGUUUCGACUGGAUAAGAAGCUCUGCAAAGAUUGGAGAGAUCUUAAACCAUCCGAACAGCCGUGUCCAGAAGGCCAUAAAGGAUUCGUUUCCUACAGGUCCAAGGCCUUUUAUCUGGGCAUUUAAUCUACAACUUCCAAGCAAAGAGAACUACAAUCUUGUUUCUUAUUUUGCAUCAAUAGAGCCCCUUCCCAAAGGCUCUUUAAUCGACCAGUUCCUGAAAGGCGAUGACCACUUCAGAAACUCAAGGCUUAAACUAAUUGCUGAUGUUGUCGAAGGCCCUUGGAUUGUCAAAAAGGCUGUCGGCGAGCAAGCAAUCUGCGUGGUUGGGCGUGUUCUUUCGUGUAAAUACAUCGUAGGGGACAACUUUUUUGAAGUUGAUAUCGACGUGGGAUCGAAUAUCAUGGCAAAGGCCGUGUUUCAUCUGGUGUUUGGUUACUUCACAACUUUAACAGCUGAUAUAGCCUUUCUUAUUGAAGGAAAAACAAAGGUUGAGGUUCCUGAAAGAAUUUUAGGGUGUUUUAGGUUCUCUGAGCUGAACCCUUCUUCAGCCAUGCCAAUGGAACCAUCUAAUUCCAUGGGGAGUGAUGCUACCAACACUAAUUUGCAAACUUCUAUGACUACAAGACUGUGGAAAUCAAUUCGCUAAGGUAUGCCCUAACUUAUUAUACCAUUUCUCAUUCAAGUAAUUGGAUGUAGGAUAAACAUUGUCAUGCAAAAUUGAGAGUAGAAUAUGUAAGAACUGAUAAAUUUGAUGUUAAAUGUGUAAUUUAAUACACAAUGUAUGUGUCAUUUUUCUUUCUUUUAUCUAAAAUUGUGAAUUGAUAAAGUGGUAAGUCUACUUCGUUUGAUUUGACCAUUUGCAGCUUA